AUGCAGGCUCGCACUAGGGCCAACGCCCCCGUCCAGCCCCUGAUCGGCGAGCGCAUCCUCAAGUCUCCGUUCAACGACGACGACGACGGCACGCACGGCCGCAACCCCAACAUCCUCUCCUCCUCGCUCGCUGCUCGCCGCCCCCAUGGCCAGAGGAGCAACCUCAGCCUCCGCUCCGCCUCGAGCACGUUCAGCAGGACGGAGCCAACCUCGCCGCGGCUAGCGUCAGGCCGUGUGCCCCGCCCCAUUCCAGCGCCUGACCCGAUCAUUACCAUUUCGGCGCCGUCCAACCCAAACAAGGACUCGGUUGACAACAGCAACCACUUCACCCCCUCUGCCUCCCGCGCCUCCGUCGCCGAGCCCACCACCCGCGAGGACGAGGACGACAUCGACUACGUGACCGUCGACCUCCCUGGCCCCGACACCCAGUCCAUCGCAUCGCGUCCGGACAAGGCGUCGCGCGUCCUCGGUAUCAGGCACCGUAAAGAAAUGGAGCCCAUUCCCGCGUCCACCCGCACCUCGCUCGCGUCCGCUCGUUCCGCUCGUUCUACACCCCCAACAACCACUGUCUCGGCUCCCCCGCCAGCGGCGGGCCCCACCUUGCCAUUAGCCUCGCUCUAUGUCGUUUCUGGACUGCCGAAGAGUCCGCAUACAUGGACCCUGGCCGAUCCAGACUCGGUGAUGGGCCUCCACCAUACGGAUGGUGCCGUGGGCAGGUGGUGGCGACCUGAGGUUCUUGGAAGUACCGUUAGUCCUGGUGCAGGCGGCGGCGGCGGCGGCAAGCGCAAGAAGAAGGGCAAGCAGGACGAUGGCACACCCGUGUUCAGCAGCCAGGGACACCUGAGCAAGCAGGAUGUGGGCAAGAUGCUCUCGAAGGCUCUAAAGCUCUCCUUCCCGCGCGAAGUCGAGAUCAUCGCGUCAACACUGCAACCCGCGUCCACCGUCCACACAUUCACCUAUACGCUCCCCGCACCCGCAACACCCCUCGCACCGUCCGCGUCGACGGACCUCCUGCGCGCGUCUGUAAUGACCUCCAACUCAGAUCCGCGCGCCUCCCUGCUCUCCUUCCCCUAUCCCUACGGCGACGAUCCCUUCCAUGCCGCCCGCCCGUCCUCCGCGUACCUCGGGCCCUCCGGGCACGGCAGCGCAGACCUUGGCCAGGGCGCAAAGUCAGCGUCGGCUAACCAGAUCACGUAUCACGGCGUCUGCCUCACCGUCUGGUCCCAUGCCGACGCAGAGCGCACUUCGGCCAUCCGCCGCACUCUCGAGGCGAGCCGGCCGCGCAAGGAGAGCGGACAGAGCUCGCUUGCCCGUGUCAAGGGCCAUAGACAUGGCAGCGACGCGAGCAGCCAUCCAGACCCUACGGCCCAGGCGCGCCGCCGUGCAAGAAUGAGUGCGCGUGGGCCGUGGGGCGCCGGUACGGAUGUGGAGACGGACGUGGAGGCUGAGACAGACGGGGAGAGCGGUGCGAUUAGUGAGAGCGACUUUGAGGUCGCGAGUAUGGUGGGGCACGGUCCCGGUGAGAGCACGCUGUUCUUGCCCGGUGAUACCGUGUUUUGGCUGCCGUAUGCGCUCACUCUCGUUUCGCGAUUCCCCAUCUAUGACCUCAUGCGCGACUACCUCACUCUCUCGUGGGCGCGCUUUUCCAAGGACGUGCAGUCGCACACCCUCCAGAUAAGCAAGAUUCUCUCGCAUCCUGCUCCUCGUCCUGGCGAACUCGUACGUCUUGACGCCUCCGCCGCACCGAAUACCUCCAGCUCGGAGACGAGCCUCGAGGUAGUCGCGCGCUUCCCCGGUGGGUUGGACUUCGGCCGCGGCCUGGUCGAUGUGAACUUCACUAUGUGGCCGCUGUUCAAGUGUCUGAACAUUGACAACAUCUUGACCAUUUGCGAGAUCGCUCUCGCGCCCACAGGGAGGGUCCUCUUCUUCUCGCGGCACCCCGCGAUCCUGGGCAUCGCUGUGCACACGAUCAAGUAUCUCGUUGAGCUGCGCGGGUGGAGCGGCGUCGCGCUCUCGACGGUGCACUCGCGUGACGCGAAGAUCUACGUCGACGACCCUGGCCCGUGGAUCAUCGGACUCGCAACGGAGGCGCGCUACUGCGUGCGUCCGCCUCCCGAGGUGUGCGUCGUAGACUUGGAUAUCAACUACCUCAACUGCCCCGCGCCGCCCACUGGUACAGUCUCGACUAAGCAGCAGCGCGACAAGUACCGUCAGCGCCUGCUUACGGCGUUCGAGCCUCAUUACCACCCUGAUCACUGUGUUCCGAGUGAGUUCAAGGAGGCGUUCCCUGCAGGGCGGUUCAGACCCGUCUGCAAAAUCCAGGCGAAGAGGGGCGCAGCCUCGACUGCAGUGGCGGACAUGGUGAAGCCUCCGGAGUGGUGGCAUUCCACCCGCAUCAUCCAGGCCUUUGACAGCGUUCUGGCAGACAAAUUGAAAAAACCAUCAUUACUGAAGCGCAUUAGCUCGUUCGGCUCCGUGCGUGCCCCGCCGAGGCUCACCGCUGCGGAGCAGCACAUCCAGAUGUCCAUCCGCAAGCGGGCAACUGCCUUCGUCGAUGCGCGCGACGAACUGGAGACGAAGAUCGGGCGGCUGUCGCGCCGCUUGAACUUCCUCAUGACGGAGUCCGAUCUCUGGAGGGAGAAGUUUGUUUCGUUCGAACAUUAUGCGGAGAAGUUGAGCGUGGAGGCGAGCGAGCUCCGCUCCAAGAUCAACAAGGAGCAGAGGGAGACGAAGCGGCUGUCGAGUGUCAUCACGCUCACGGCGGCGGAGAAGAUGAAGCUUCAGUCUCAGUUGAGGGAUACGGAGGAUGCCCACAACAAUGCCCUCAAGGAGCUGGAGCAGAUGCGGGAUAUGAUGGAGAAGAUGGAGGAGGAGCGUACGGAGAUGAUCGCCGAGGUCGAAGCGCAGAUCGAGCGUGCCCUCGCGAACAUGGCCGUGGACGUGGACGAGUCAUCAGAGUACGGUGGCUCACGUCCGAGCAGCCGCAUGUCCUCGCGGUCCGCUCCUAGCGGCUACCCUGCGUACUCGCGCACUAGGGGCCUCCGCUCGUUCGGGACCGACUCCACCCUGGUAGAGUCUUUCGUCGACGACGAUGGCCUCGAGGCCGAGAACCAUCGUCGGUUGGCCACGGAGACUCUCGCUGAGGUGGAUGAGGAAGAGGAGGAUGAACCCAAAAAGAAGCGGUUCUCGUCGAUGGAUUACCGGCAGGGCCAAGAUGGCAUGUCUGCCGUCGACGAAGGGAUCAGUCAGAAGAGCGACAAGAUUGCACAGAAGGUGCUUGAGAUCCAGCGGAAGCUGGAGUCGGCCUUAGCUGCAGAUGCUCUUCGACGCUCCCAGGAGGGCCACCUUAGCGAGAGCGAUAUGUCUGAGUCGACAAGGUCUCGUCGUCGCCCGAACAAAGGUGGGCGGCCGUACGGAAAGCACUCCCGAGGCUCCAGCAAACGUGACUUCACCGCUUCGUCUGCUCCCCGAGCCGCACCCCCCGCUGAACCCCGACCAGUUACAGAGGUAUCCCGGGAGAAGACAUCUGAGGCGUCUGAGUCUAAGACUCCCAGUGCACCCAAUGUUACCAAGCAGAGCCUCGAGCUUCCGACUCUGCGCACGAGCGCGUCCAUGGUGUCGAACGCGACUGUGUCUACCACGCCCCGCAGUGCGAUCACACCGACCACCCCUUCCCUGUCGGUUGGUACGAGUGUAACCACGGACGACGAAGAUACCGACUUCCAGAGUGCGUAUUCAUCGAGCCCCAGAGUUAGCUAUGGCAGCCUCGAGAACGUCAUCAGGACGCAGCAGAGCAGCGAUAGUGAGCAAGGCACCCCAACUACCUCGGAGACGUUUCACUUCGAUGCUCUCAGGAGCCCUGACCUCAAGAGCAGAGAGCGUGGAUCGAGCACUAGCACCGUAGGCCUUGGCGUCCGUGCCGAGGGCGCGAGGAACAGCAUGGAGACGGUCAUUACCGCUCGCCCUACUGUCCUCGGCAGUUCUUGA